AUGACCACUUUUAAGCUUCCUCCAUUACGUAAACCUUCUGAUCCAUGGGGACCUUUAGAUACAAUAGAAAUUGAUGAAGAUAUUCUUUAUGCACCUUUCAGUAAAAGUGAUAAACUGGGUAAAACUGCAGAUUGGACAUUAGAUCCUUCAAGAGAUACUCGUGAACAACGACAACGACAAUAUGGACGAUAUAGAGAACAAUAUCAGACAUAUGGAGCUGGAGCAGCAUCUAUUUUUGCAUAUCAGCACUCAGAAGAUGAAAGUACAUUUUCUAUUGUAGAUAACCGAACAGGAACAAAAACACGUCUUGGAAGUCGUUCAGGGUCUUUAUUACGUGGCCGUGGAAGAGGAAGUUUACUACGGAGCCUUGGAAGAGGGAGUCAUUUUGGUAGGACAAUUACAAGAGGAUAUUCGGACUCAGGAAGAAAUGUUCGUAAUGGAUUUCAAACAUCUAGAGCAGUGAAGCGGUUUGGGUGGAAGGAAUAUGAUAAACCUCAGCGCCUUCGAGAUGCUAGUGUGACAGUUAGACAUGAUUGGCAAUUAUUAGAAGAAAUUGAAUUUAAUCGAUUAUCAAAGCUUAGCUAUGAAAUGGAUGAUGGUGUAGACUUGGAAACAUAUGGGUUUUUACGGUAUUAUGAUAAGUCAUAUGAUAAAAUUUCAACAAAGGCGGAACGUUCUCUUCAGGUUAUUGAUGGAGUGCAUUAUAAUCCAACUACUACAGAUGAUCCGGUGAUUCAAAAAUUGGCCAUGAAUAAUGAAGCACGUGUAUUUAUUAUUGAUUCUAUUCUUAGCCUUAUUAUGUGUUCUCUUCGUUCUGUUUACUCAUGGGAUAUUAUUGUGAUUCGUGAGAGUGAUAAACUAUUUUUUGAUAAAAGAGAGGGAGGGCCAUUUGAUUAUGUAACAGUGAAUGAAAAUGCGGCGGAGCCUCCAUUGGAGGCAAUUGAGGGUCAAAAAGAGACAAUAAAUACACCCGGACAAUUAUCUUUAGAAGCAACUUAUAUUAAUCAGAAUUUUUCACAACAAGCUUUAAAAGGACCUGAUUCUGAAAAAUAUUUGUUUUCUAAUCCUAACCCGUUUUAUAACCCUGAAGAAGAGACUGAAGUUCUUGCGCCUCGUGGAUAUAAAUAUAGAAAGUUUGAUUUAGGCAUGUUUGGAGAUGAAUCUAUUACUCUCAUUUGUCGUACGGAGGUUGAUGCAAUUGUAAAGAAUCACUCUGGAGAGGAUUCUUUUUGUUCAAUUAAAGCACUUAAUGAAUUUGAUCCGCGAGCUCAGGGUGCAGGGGGUGCAUUGGAUUGGAGAUCGAAACUUGAUACUCAACGAGGAGCUGUUGUUGCAACUGAGAUGAAAAAUAAUAGUUGUAAGCUUGCUAGAUGGGCAAUACAAUGUAUUCUUGCAGGUUCUCAAUUAAUGAAGCUUGGAUAUGUAAGUCGGGCCAAUCCACGAGAUGUACAACGUCAUGUCAUUCUAGGUGUUGCGGGAUAUAAACCUAAAGAAUUUAUUUUACAAAUGAAUUUAAGUCUUUCAAAUGCAUGGGGAAUUGUGCGUACAAUUAUUGAUUUAUGUUUGAGCAUGCCUGAGGGAAAAUAUGUUCUUGUUAAGGACCCAAAUAAAAGCAUUAUACGUUUAUAUAAAGUUCCAUCUUCAACUUUUGAAGAAACUAAUGAUCCUAAUUUAGAUGAUCCUCUUGUCUUUGCUGAUAUAAAUGACGAAUAA